AUGUCGUCGGACGACGUGGAGGUAGGAACGGACUCGUCGGAAGCCGAUGAGUCUAGUGGUGGUGGAGGUGAAUGUGAUGAUUGCAGCUCGCAAAAGCUUCAGGUUGCGCAGACGAAAACUGGAAAGCUAGUAGAAAAUAAGCCAGAGUGGAAAGUAACCAUCACGAACACCUGCAGUACUUGUUCUCAACUGGCUAUUCAACUUAGCUGCAAUGGGUUUCAAACUGUUGAAGACGUUGAUCCUUCAAUCCUAGGGCCAUCUGGUGGCAUUUGUUACCUUAACAGUGGUAACGUAAUACCUGGCCAUCAGAGUUUCACCUUCACAUAUGCUUGGGACGCUGCCUUUCCUUUCGAGGCAGUUUUUUCUCAAGCUCUUUGUUCUUAA